GAGCGUACAGGAACAGCGCCAGGUGCGGGAUGCGGUGGGAGGGACAGGGACGGUAUGGAACCCAAGCACUGAGGCAUGGGGCACAGCAGUGGGCUGACACGGCAGGCCCUAAGCGCUUCUGGCCAGGGCACCGCUCCUCCUGCCCCAGGGCAUUUUCUGGGGAUGAGCCAACUCCCAGGCCAGCCUAGGCCCAUGCGGGCCCAGCAGCUCUGCGCCCAGAGGGAGAGAGCAGCGGGACCAAGCUCAGCCAGGCCGUCCAUGUCCAGGAGCGGCCUCCUAACGGAGGCUUUGUCCUGGACGCUGGUGGUAAUGCAGCCAGCUGCAUCCCAUGCUUCCUUCUCCCCACAGGUGGGCCGCAGGCCACAGCAAGCUGUGCUGCCAGGCAGCCAGAGCCGGGAUUCGUCCAUCUGUGAGACCCGUCUGGCACCACUACCCCACCUGGAGAGCACAAGAGCCUCUGGGAGCCGCCGUGCACAGGCGGACAGACUGGAGCUCAGGCAGGCACUGCCCUGCAGCAGUGUCUCUGCAGAAGGGAGACGACCUCUGCCAUCCUUGCCGCCUCUGCCACGGCAGGCAACACCACCGGCAGCGGCACCCCAGAAUGCAGCCGCAGCUCAUGGUCAAGUUCCCACAUUGCCCACACUGCCAGCAACUGCCUCCAGGAGUUCUCCAAGAGGAGGAGCACAUGCUGUGGGAGCUACAGCCAGCAGACUGCCUGUGCUUGUCCCACGUCUUCAGGGCAACCCUGAGCACCACGAUAUGGCCGUGGGAGCCGAGGGCUGGCAGGCAGUUCUGCGUGUCCCUGCACCCCCUCUCAAGCCUGCAAAUGAAACGCCCAAGUCCCUCAGGUUGGCAUACCGGAGGCGUUGGGUAGCCACAGGAGCAGGACCCUGCCAGAAACCAGCAGGUGCAAGGCAGCGUGCACCCACCAGCACUCGGGGAACCCCAGCACCAACAGCCCAGGUGCUGGCUGGGAACAGCCCCACAGAUCAGAUGCGACCUGAUCCCCAUGCUCAGGAGGGCACCAGAGAUGCUGACAGGGUCUCUACAUCACGUUCCCUGCCAGCAGAGCAGGCAGCAGACGAUGGUGCCAAAGGUGGUGGCACUUCUCCGGACAUGCUGCGUGCCAAGGGCACUGGAGAGAGGGCACGCUCCCGCAAGAGAGAGUGCGUGUUCCUGCCCUGCUGUCUUUGCACUUCCACCUGCUGCGAUGUUGUUGUGCAGGAGGUGCAGGAAGAGGGGGAAGACACCGCUGAGAGAGACGCUGUGGCAGGGGCAGCCAGAGAGCCUGUGAGCACAUCAGGCGGUGAGGCAGAGGCCCAGCCUCCAGCGUCUCCAGUGCCUGGGAACCUUCAGCACGAGGUGGACAGGCUGGAGCUCAGGAACACAUUCACCCUCAGCGGCGUCCCUGGGGAAGAGAAACAGCCUCUGCCAACGUGUGGACCAUCCCUGCACGUCCCUGCACCCGCUCUCAAGCCAGCACAUGCCACACACAAGUCCCUCAAUUUGGCAUACCAAAGGCGUCUGGUAGCCUCAAGAGCAGGACCCUGCCAGAAACCGGCAGGUCCAAGGCAACGUGCCCCCGCCAGCACUGCGGAAACAGCGGCAACAACAGCCCAGGUGCCGGCCCCCAAGCCUGGGAAGGUCCCCACAGAUCAGAAGCGACCUGGUCCCCGUGCUCAGGAGGGCACCGGAGAAGCUGACAGGGCCUGUGCAUCACGUUCCCUGGCAGCAGAGCGGGCAGCAGACGAUGGUGCCAAAGCUGGUGGCACUUCUCCGGCCAUGCUGCGUGUCAAAGGCACUGGAGAGAGGGCACGCUCCAGCAAGAGAGAGGGCGUGUUCCUGCCCUGCUGCCUUUGCACUUCCACCUGCUACGAUGCUGUUCUGCAGGACGUGCAGGAGGAGAGGGAAGACAGCCCUGUGGCAGAGGCCGCCGGGGACCCUGUGAGCACAGCGUCUGGUGAGGCUCAGCCCUGGCCUCCAGCGUCUGCUGUGUCUGCAGGUGCCAGGCAUGAGGGGCACUUUGUACCUGCCCACGCCUUGUUGCCAGAGGAUGGUCUUUCCUGGGAGACUGAGAACGAGGGCUUUUUUCUGCGGGAUGAGUGGGAAGACGCCCCUGAGCAAUGGAAUACGCAGAAGUAGCCAACAUCACAGUGACCGUGUCAGAGCCCCGUCUGGUGAGGCAGAAGACAAGCCUUCAGCUUCUGGUGUGGCUGUGUGCCCUCAGCGUGAGCUGAGCAAGGCACAAGUGGUUGGCACCAGGCACAAAAAAAGAGAGGCGUCUGGGCAGUGCCCAGUAGGGUGAAGCCUGGCAGGAUGAGACAGCCUCUGUCAACCUGUGGGCCAGCCCUGCACGUCCCUGCACUCCCUCUCAAGUCUGCGAACGAAACAGCCAGGUCACUCCGACUGGCAUACCGGAGACGGCCGGUUGCCACAAGACCUGCGCAAGAGCAGAAACCGGCAGGUCCAAGGUGACAAACACCCAACAGCGCUCUGGGAACACCAGCAUAAACAGCCCAGGACGGUGCUUCGAGCUCUGCACAGGGCUUUCACCAGAGAGAGGAGAGGAGAGGUACGAAGCUGCCAGCAGCAGGCAGCUCCCUGCGGAUAGCAGUUCGCAACCUGAGGAUGGGGAAUUCUGAAUAAAUCUUUUCUUAAUUCUGUCCUGGCUGAGGCUGUCUGAUCAGUGUGCUGGUGUGUGUUUGGGCUCUGAGUGCAGCUAAUGGCAUCAGAGCACGCGGUGGAAGGUCCCUGUGCCUGUGGUGCCAGUGAGUGGAGUGUGAUUUCUGGCUAGAGGAGGGCGAGCCCUAUGAGCCGGUGAGUGUGCGAGGUGGCCUGUGAGGAACGGGCUGAGAGGCCCUGUGAGGGGCAGCCCUGAUAUGAGAGCUCUGGUGUGUCUGCAGGGGCGAGAGCACAGCCAGGCCACUCGGGUGCUGGGAUGUCCCUUACGUCCUUCCUGGCAGAGGCAGUCUUAAGGCAUGGAGACAACCGCCUCGCCUUACACUCCUUCCUAGGCAGAUCCUCCCUCGCCUCCUCACUCACCUCCCCUUCAAUUUCCCCCUCUACACAAGCAGUAGAGCAGGUAAGACUGCACUGGGGAUCUGAAGGAAAAAGGCCCGACAAAAAGGCCUUUUUGAGGCUUUUUGAAGCCAGCAAAAUUGCUGCGUCAGUGCUGGGGAGCUGGCAGCUUGUGGGAGGGCUGCUGUGCUAGCGU